AUGAGGGUGAGCGACAGGGCAAGGGACUGGGCGCUCACCUGCCAGAGCUUUCAGUGCUCUGGGGAGAGGUGUUACCAGGAUGAAGCCCACGCCAACAAAACGGUGACCUGCCGUAAUGAGACUCGCUGUGAGCUGUAUCGUUUCUCCAGCACGAACUACACAGCCCGGUGCAGCAGCGCGUGCGGCACAGAGAUGUGCAGGACCAACAGCAGUGUGAGCACGCAGCAGUGUGCCCUGGACUGCUGCGACUCCCCGCUCUGCCUGCAGCUCAAUGCCAGCUCCUACGGUGACCUGCCACCCGCCACUGCGCCGCCUACGACCACCACCACCACCCGAGCUCCCCCCCGAAACAUGAAGAAGACGGGCUUGAAUUACAUGGCGGGAUGCAGCAGAGCCUGCAAGGCUGCCAAACCAGUCUGUGCCGGGGGGACGAAGGCUGCCUGUUACCAGGAGUGCUGCCCAGCUACCCUGAAAGCGAGCUGUCUGAAACUGGAUGGCAAAGUUCACGUCAAUAGCGCUGGGCAGGUGACUCUGGCCCCGCUCUUGAGGCUCAUGGCAUGUGGGGUGGUCCUGCUCCUGAAUUACAGGGUCUCCGCUUCCCUCUGGGGGAUCUAUGUAUACACUCACCGGCGGAUGGCCAUAACAGCUGAGGAUGUCUGGCUGGAGAAAGUUAUCCCCAUCACAGAAGGGUUUGCAGUGGAAGAAGUUGUACUUGACAGUGACCUCCAUGUCAUCGGCUCCGAUGUGACUAUCCAGAUCAGUUCAGAAGAUGAUCGACUCACGGUGCGGUUGCCAUUUGGUUCCCACACGCGCAUGUUCCUUCAGGAGGUCAGCAGGUGCAGCCCAGAAGUGGUUGGCUCUGAAGGCACCAAACAGAAUGGAAGAAAGCUUGCAGUUAGCCAGAACCAGAGCCACAACAGCACUGAUAAAAGCGCUCCCAGGCAAAGCAAACUCAAACCCGAAGUGAAAACUGAAAUGGUACAGUCCUCCAGCGUAAUGGUUUCAAACAAGGCUUCAAUCUUAUCAGAACCAAACUUUGGACUAAGAGAUACUAUUGUUAAAUCUCAGCUUGUACAAAUGGAGGAUUCCUACACGCACAUCCAGAGCUUCAGGUUUUUUGUCGGGACAUACAAUGUGAAUGGUCAGUCGCCCAGAGAAAGCCUCCAGCCUUGGCUGAGAUGUGAUGCUGAGCCUCCAGACGUUUACUGCGUGGGUUUCCAGGAGCUUGAUCUGAGUAAAGAAGCCUUCUUUUUCAAUGACACACCGAAGGAAGAGGAAUGGUUUAAAGCUGUAACUGAUAGUCUUCACCCAGAUGCCAAAUAUGCAAAGGUGAAACUUGUGCGGCUUGUGGGAAUCAUGCUUCUGUUGUAUGUGAAAGCAGACCUCGCUUUGAACAUCUCUGAGGUGGAAAUUGAGACUGUGGGAACUGGAAUCAUGGGGAGGAUGGGUAACAAAGGUGGUGUUGCCGUAAGGUUUAAAUUCCAUAACACUAGCGUGUGCGUUGUGAAUUCUCACCUUGCAGCUCACAUGGAGGAGUAUGAGCGGAGGAACCAGGACUUCAAAGACAUCUGCUCUCGGAUGCAAUUCUGCCAGUCGGAUCCAAAUUUGCCCCCUCUCACUAUUAGCGAACACGACGUGAUCUUAUGGUUGGGUGACCUCAACUAUCGGCUGGAGGAACUGGAAGUGGCAAAAGUGAAGCAGCUUGUAGAUGAGAAAGCAUUUCUAGAGCUUUGCCAGUAUGACCAGCUAAAGAGGCAAAUGAAUGCAAACGCAGUCUUUGAAGGCUUUACAGAGGGAGAGAUUUCCUUCCAGCCAACAUACAAAUAUGAUGCUGGCUGUGAUGACUGGGACACAAGUGAGAAGUGUCGUGUUCCAGCAUGGUGUGAUCGGAUACUCUGGAAGGGGCAGAACAUUGCUCAGCUGAGCUAUCGCAGCCAUAUGGCUUUGAAGAUCAGUGAUCAUAAGCCAGUUAGCUCUGUGUUUGAUAUUGGGGUGAAGGUUGUGAAUGAGGACCUCUAUCGAAAAGCCUUUGAGGAAAUAGUCCGCUCCCUGGAUAAGCUGGAGAACGCCAACAUUCCCUCGGUGACCCUCUCCCGGAGAGAGUUCCACUUUGAGGAUGUUAAAUACAUGCAGCUGCAGGUAGAGAAGUUUACAAUCUGCAAUGGACAAGUGCCCUGCCAUUUCGAAUUUAUCAGCAAACCAGAUGAGGAAACCUACUGCAAGGAGUGGUUGAUUGCUAAUCCCAGUAAGGGCUUUCUGCUAUCAGAUGCCAAGAUCACAAUUGAGUUGGAGGUGUUUGUUAAUAAAUCAACAGCUACACACUUGAACUCUGGAGAAGAAAAACUUGAAGAUAUCUUGGUCUUGCAUCUUAACAAGGGGAAGGAUUAUUUUCUAUCUGUAACAGGCAACUACUUGCCAAGUUGCUUUGGGUCUCCCAUUCAUACGCUGUGUUACAUGAGGGAACCGAUCCAGGACAUGUCAGCAGAAUCCAUUCAGACACUUACCCUGAUGCCACUAGAAAUGAGUGAUGAUGUUGUUCAAGCUGAAAAGCCUAUGGACAUUCCAAAAGAGCUGUGGAUGAUGGUGGAUCACUUGUUCCGCAACGCUUCUCAGCAGGAAGACCUGUUUCAGCAACCAGGCCUCAGAUCUGAAUUUGAGCAAAUCCGAGAUUGUUUGGACAAAGGAAUGCAUGAUACCCUCCUUGGCAGCAACCACUCGGUAGCAGAAGCCCUGCUGCUCUUCCUGGAAAGCCUGCCGGAGCCUGUCAUCUGCUACAGGUUCUACAGCAGUUGUUUGGAGAGUGCGAACAACUACCCGCUGAGCAGCCAGAUUAUCUCUAACCUGCCAGGGUGCCAUAAAAAUGUAUUUCAAUAUCUAAUGGCAUUUCUACGAGAACUACUGAAAAAUUCAGGGAAAAACCAUUUGGAUGCGAAUAUUCUUGCUAGUAUAUUUGGUGGCUUGUUACUUCGACCUCCUCCUGGACAUCCUACACCUGAUAUAACUGAAAAGAGAAAAGCUCAGCAAUUUAUCCAUCAGUUCCUCUUGAGAGAAGACAAUUUACCAUGAAUUUCAGAUGCAGCUAAUCUGAUUUUUAGAUAUCAAAUUACUGUAAAAAUAUUUUUUUUGUACAGUAUACUGGCUUUUUUUUUGGAUAUCACAGUAUUUUAUACAACUAUUGCUUUUGAAGGCACAGAUCAGGCAGUUUGAAUCAGGUGUCACUGUUUAAGCUGUAAAGUAUAUCCAGGUUUCUAAAUAAGCUGUAUGUAGACAAGCAAAAAUACAAAAGCUGGUAUUUACAUUGUAUUUUAUUUAACUUGUAUUAAAAAUGAGAAUUUUUAAGUCCUUGUUAUUUAAAUAAAAAGAUUCUGGUGCAUUUUUCCA